GGGCAAAAGACCGCGAGCAGCCGACACACGGACAGACCGGGGCCCAGAGAGCGAGGGGGAGGACGAGUCUUAUCAGGGAAUAACAAUACGACUGGAUGCAUUUAUAUCCAAACCUUACAAUUAGCAACACUGCAGAUUCCAUCUGUCUCGCAUCGGUUUAUUUAGGCUACAAUAAUCUCGUUUAUUUCAGCGAUUCCUUCAAGGAGACCGAGCGGAGCCACCGGGCUGCCGGUACCGUAGAGGGGAGUACAAUGACAACCUGGUGAAUGUAGCCGAUGAUAUUUACCUAAUCAGACCGAAUGGAAUAAAACCGCGAAUAGCCUAAAGGACCGGGGUGCGCAUCCCGGGAGUGAUGAGAACAACGGGGAGACAGGGCUGUGUUUCUGCUGCUGUCGGCUGUCAAAUGUAUUAUUUAUGUGUGUCGUGGACUGAUCAUUUGUUGAUCCAUCAACCCCCUCCCCUCCUCUACAUAUUCUCCACCGGUAUCGUCGGAGUGUUGUAAUAUGGAUCGUUCCAGUGGCUCUGGGACCAGCGAACCCACCAAACCGCCAAACCACCAGUUGGAGAAGAAACGGUUAAACCGAGCACCAUCACCGGCCAGGCCGUUCCUGAAGGAUGUCCGCUCCUCGCCCAAACCAGCGGCUAUCGUACCUAAAUCCCCCAAACUCACCAAGCAGCAGCACUCCUCUUCCCCAGUGGCCUUAUCAUCCAAUCAAAGCCGCAUAUCCAGGCGCACCCCAACCGGAGCGAAGGAUAACAAACCAGCCACCGUGAAAAGUCACAGCACCAAGUCUUCGACAGUCACGAAGAAGACGGUUAAGGUCAUUCAACAUGCUGCGCUUGAACCUAAACCGACCACUGCAAGCGCCAGCAAACCGAGCCCGGACAGCAGCACCAGCAGUCCACACCUCGCCCUCAAAGCCAAGAAGAGUAAAAUAGCCACGCUGACCGCGUCUCACCACGGCCCGCUCAGCCUUGGCUCCCCAAUCCGCGUCCCAACCGGCGCUACCCCCCUCGGUAGCAGGGUCAGUCAGACCGACAGUAGCUCCGAUCUCUCUGACUGUCCCUCCGAACCCCUAUCCGACGAACAGCGCCUGGCUGCGGCCGCAAGCAGCGAUGGGGAGUCGGGGGGCUCCGGGUUCAGCGACAGGGAUCAGGUGGAUCAUCCUGUCCAGGCGGCAGCAUCAGCGUCAGACGCGGCCAGAGCGGCAGGGGCUACUGCCGGUAGUGGUGUUGGUUCGUUGCGCACCGCGGAGGGUAGCCCCGCGGCUGCUGGGAAAGGCGGCAUGUCUCAGGCUCCAGGACCAGGUGCUCACGGAGGAGAGGGGAGUAAACAGGAGAAAGCAUCGACCACCGCACAAUUGAUAAAACUGGAAUGCAGCAAAGAGAUAAUCGAGGAGGAUUUAUUGCGGGAAAUAGAAGAUCUCCGCUCUGAAAACGAGUACCUCAAGGAUGAAGUGGAGGAGCUGCGUGCGGAGAUGGAGGAAGUCCGGGACAGUUACCUGGAAGAGGAGGUGUACCAGGUGCAGGAGUUACGCAGGGAGCUGGACCGCUCCAAUAAGAACUGUCGGAUCCUCCAGUACCGUCUCCGUAAGGUGGAGCAGAAGAGCCUCAGAGUGGCCCAGACUGGACAUGUAGAUGGAGAGCUGCUACGCAACCUGGAACAGGAUCUCAAGGUGGCCAAAGAUGUGUCAGUGCGUCUGCACAACGAGCUGGAGAAUGUAGAAGACAAGAGGACCAGGGCUGAAGAUGAGAAUGAGCUGCUGAGACAGAGGAUCAUCGAGGUGGAGAUCUCUAAACAGGCUCUACACAAUGAACUGGACAGAAAUAAAGAGACCGCUCUACGGCGGAGAGGGAGCAGGGAAACCUUUAAGGACAAGAAGUUUCUGAAUCAGGACGACAGUGCAGAUCUCAGGUGCCAGCUGCAAUUCUCUAAGGAAGAAUCCACCCUCAUGCGAAAGAAGAUGGCCAAGCUGGGGAGGGAGAAGGAAGAGCUAGAGCAGGAGAUACAGAAGUAUAAGUCAGUCUACGGGGACGUGGACAGCCCUUUACCCCUGGCAGAGCUUGCAGGCGGUGGGCCCCACAGCACCAGGGAGGCCGAGCUACGGCUCCGACUCAAACUGGUGGAGGAAGAGGCUAAUAUUCUGGGGAGGAAGAUUGUUGAACUAGAGGUGGAGAACCGAGGCCUGCGGGCUGAGAACGAGGACAUCCGCUGCCAGUACGAGAGGGACUGUUUCGGCCGGGAGCCCUUCAGCAGCAUGCCCUCCUCCCCGUACGGCGGAGACGCUCUGGAGUCAGCCGGGGAGCUGCGGCGCCACCUACAGUUUGUAGAGGAAGAGGCAGAACUUCUCCGGCGGUCCAUCUCGGAGAUCGAGGACCACAACAAACAGCUGACCUCCGAACUGAACCGCUUCAAGUUCGGCCCGAGAGACGAGGAUGUCGAUGUCGGAGUGAUGCUGAUGAAGACCGGUAAUGGGGGUAACGGUGGCGGUGUUGUGAUGAUGGAGGAGCUGAAGGCAGCCAGGAUGCAGAUCAACGAGCUCAGCGGGAAGGUGAUGAAGCUGCAGUAUGAGAACAGAGUUCUGAUGUCCAACGUUCAGCGCUGUGACCUGGCCCAACACCUGGGCCUCCGCACCGGCUCCCCACGGGACAGCGAUGCAGACAGCGACACCGGCCGCCGAGACGCCGCAGAGGAGGAAGAAACUGGGAGGCUCCUCCUUCUACACCCCAAGAGGGAGGGGCCUGUCGGCGGCGAGAGCGACUCGGAGGACCUGUUUGAGAAGACCACCACGACCUCUGGUUUCGGAAGUCACAAGCCCUCAGACGAGAUCAGCGGGCUCAGCACCACGGAACUAGCCAACCUCAGACGAGAAGACCGUGAGACGUUCAUGAACGUCAAACGAGAAGCAGAGCGUCUUGGGAAGACCGUAGACCGCCUCAUUACUGACACGGACAGUCUGAUCUACGAGGGAAAGAUUAUAGUAACAGGAGGGGACAGUCUCUGCAUAGAGGGGUUCAGAGGACACAGGGGGGAGGGAAGCGGAGAGGACAGGGGGAACACCACCACACUCCCCGAGUCCCUACAAGACUCCCAGGUCCUGGACACUAUCAACACCCGAAUGAAGGCCUUCAGGACAGAGCUCCAUAUCUUCAUGGAGAAGGUGGAUCACCUGGGAGACGGGCUAAGGGAGAGGGUAGGGGACCGGGAUAGUGGGGAUGACCUGUCGCCCAUGCCCAACCUUACAGAGUCUAGCAGCUUCCUGUCAGGGGUCACCUCCAUGUCCCGGGAUUCUCCCAUCAGCACCCUGGGACGCGACCUGGUCACAGAUUUCCAGGUUGAGGAACGGAGGCGUCUGGAGGUGCAGGGUGUGAGGCCCAGGGGGGGUCUGGAUCUGACGGGCCUGCAGGCCCACGAGGCUCCCUGGGUCCAGGAAAGAACCCUACUGCAGCAGGAGGUCCGGUUGUUCAGACACAACACCAUCAUCUUCUAUAUGAAGCUACGCUGGAUCCUUAUGCACUGGAGGCUGGGGAAGAGGACAGAGGCAGGGGAGGAGACAGCACACUCAGAGUAUGAGAAGUUGGAGGGUAUUCCAGAGCUGAUCUUGGAGCAUGGAGAGGGAGAGACGGAGAGAGAGGACAGGGACAGGUCGUGUACCCAGCUACCCCAGAGAGACAGCCCGAGCCUGGCCCAACAACCCAACUCCCCUCCACUGAACGCCUGCAGCACCAGACACAGGGUGCUCCAGGCAGUGCGCUCCCUGUUAGAGGAGUUCAGGUUAGAGUUGAGGGAGGAGGAGAACAGGAGGUGCCAGCUGCAGCAGAUCUACGCUAAUGACAAAGCUUCCUGGGAGGUCAAAUGGGCAGAGAUGAAGUGUCACGUCGCUCAGCUGGAAGAGGAGAGACGAGAAGAGAAAGGAGAGGUGAGAGGAGAGGCCAGAGGGGAGACGCAGGGAGGAGGAGGAGGAGACAAAGACUGGGCCUUUAAACAGGAGCGAGAGGAGCACCGUUGCCUCCUGGCAGAGAGCCACAGCACCUCCCUGGACCUCCACUGGAAGCUGCAGCAGGGAGAGAAGAGGUGGGGGAGGGAGAGGAGAGGCCUACUGGAACGCUUCGACCAGGAGAGACAAGAGUGGGACAGCAACAUGAGAAACAUGCACCACAAGAUGGAGAGGCUGCAGAGAGAGCUGAAUGUCCGACAGAGCAGUGAGGGCUCACCCUCCGACGUCAAAGAUGGGGCGACGGCAGGAGGACACAGGGGUGUCUUUUCCCCUCAGGAGAGCCCAUGUAAGGUCCCUCGCUCCCCUCGGUCACCCUGCUCCCCUCGCUCUGCCACCUCCGGCCCUGUUUCCCUCCCCACCCGCUCCCACUCGGACUCAGAGGCCCAUGAAGAGCAGGGGGCUGUAGUGAGGGUCAGAGGCCCAACAGAGAACAUUUUCCUGGACGCUCUGACGCUAGACUCCCUUGGUAGCCUGGAGGUCCCACUUCCCAGCAGACUGGACUCUGACAAGAGGUUCCCCGAUAUGAACCAGGCUCUGAAUGAGAUCCCAGACAUAGAGGACCCAAUGUACCCGGAGGAAGAGGAGGAGGAGGAAGAGAUGGGCUUUGGCAGUCUGCUCAGGGCUAAGUCAGUCUGUUCUAUGAGUGACUUCCAGCGUCUGAUGGACAGCUCUCCUUUCCUGCCUGACAAGAGUCGUCAUGGUGACUGUGGCCAUGACGACGUGACUCCACCCCUUUCACCUGAUGACCUGAAGUACAUAGAGGAGUUCAACAGUAAGGGGUGGGGCUUUCCUGUCCCUGGCCCCUCCCCUACACCAGGCCACCACACCCCCACACCCAUGGAAGCCUGGGCAGAACGGCCCACGUCAGAACCAUUCCAGCCAGCCUUGUGGUUCCUGACAACCAGUGCUACGCUUACUACUAACACCCUGUCCAGCCCUGAACCCCAUCCCCUCUGCCAGCACUCCCCUCUCAGGGGUAACGGGGGUAACAGAGGAGGGGGGGCAAGUGUCCAUGUCUCCCACAGCCCCACCCGACCCCCAGGAACCCCUGAACAGGACUACAUGUACCCCAAAGGGACCAAGGGGCGAGGGGGUGGCGGUGAGGUGGGGGAUCCCCCUGGGGUAGGGGGACCAGACGAGGUAUUUGGUAAUGGUAGGUGGCCCUCCACCUGUCAUAAGGAGUUAUUAGAGGGUGGGGGUGGUCUGGGAGGCGGACUUAGGGUUCCGUCUGGCGUGGGCCCCAUCCCCACGGUGGGGUACGCCUCGUCUCUGGAGCUGCAGCUGUCACGGAACCUCAGUGAUGACAUGAAGGAGGUGGCCUUCUCCGUAAGGAACUACCGCUCAGGCCCUGGUACCUCGGACCUCCUGGAGCAACACAGACAGCUCCGAGACACUGCGUGUCAGACCAACGGUUUCACUACUCGGGGAACCCAGACCACCCAGACCAUCAGUGUGGGCUUACAAACUGACAUCCUCCGCAACCUCACCAGCUCCCCCCACCGCUGCCUCACCCCUAUAGGAGGAGGCUCUACCCCCAUCUCCUCCCCCUCCAGAAACAUCCGUAAGAUACAGUACUCUCCUGUAGUCCAGUCCAAGUUCGAGCGGACAUGUUGUUCUCCAAAGUACGGUUCUCCUAAGCUCCAGAGGAAGUUGUCGACAUCAUCGAAGGCUGACCUCCCUGUAGGGGUCUCCUCCAGCUCCACGACCGGCCCCAGGGUUCCGACUCCCACCACCCCCCAGAAGGGGGCCUCUGAGUCGGCCUGGGCUCGUUCCACCACCACCAGGGACUCUCCGGUCCACACCACCAUCAACGACGGCCUGUCCAGCCUCUUCAACAUCAUAGACCACACCCCCGUAGCUUACGAACCCCUGCAGUCCAAAUUCACCAAGUCCCCAAGCCGCACCCGCCCCGCUCCCCCUGACCCCUCACCUCCCGGGGGGCCAGGGCCCAGGAGUUCCUGA